AUGUCACUACUAAACUCUGCAAGUCGCCCUCAACAACCGAAUUUCCAGCGCUCUUCAUCUGGCGGGGCGUUUGGUGCCGAUGCUGGACUUUCGUCGGUCAGGCGAUCCGUAUCCAGCAACAUCUUUCACGGUGCCAGUGUUGGUCGCCCAAGCUAUGCGCCGGGCUCAUUAUCCGCCAGCUCUGCAUCGCAGAGUCUACAAAGGAGAAGCAGCGUAUUUUCGCGACCAUCCGUGGGAGGGCCAAUGGGACACCAGUCCUUCUUCACCCAAGUACCCAAUGCCGCCGGUGUUCCUCGGGAUCCACGACCUCUCAGGGAUAGAUCAUUCCAGGCUAGAAUUGGACAGGAGCUCCUCGAAUACCUGACGCACAAUAACUUUGAGCUGGAGAUGAAACAUUCGCUGGGUCAGAACACGCUUCGAUCCCCCACCCAGAAGGACUUCAACUACAUCUUCCAGUUUCUGUAUCAUCGAAUUGACCCAGGGUACCGGUUUCAGAAGAGCAUGGAUGCCGAAGUUCCGCCGAUCUUGAAGCAGCUGCGCUACCCAUUCGAGAAGGGUAUCACCAAAUCGCAAAUCGCUGCAGUAGGAGGCCAGAAUUGGCCUACUUUCCUGGGUAUGCUGCAUUGGUUGAUGCAAUUAGCGCAAAUGAUGGAUCGAUUUGUGCUUGGGGAGUACGACGAGGCCUGUGCGGAGAUGGGUGUGGACGUGUCCGGGGACCGCAUCAUUUUCCGCUUUUUAACCGGGGCGUACCACGACUGGUUGCAGGGUGGUGAAGAUGAGGAUGAUGAGACCGCUGAGAAACGCCUUGUGCCCCAUAUUGAGUCAAUGGCUCAAGAGUUUGAGAGGGGUAAUGAGAAGUACAUGCAGGAAAUGCAAGUUUUGGAAGCGGAGAACCGGGCACUACGCGAUCAGAUUGAAGAGUUGGAGAAGAAUGCGCCCGACAUGGCCAAAUUGGAUAAGCAUUUCAGGAUUCUGGAGGACGAUAAGCGGAAGUUUGAGGACUACAACCAAAAUGUUCAGGGCAAGAUCGAGAAGUACGAGAAUCGCAUCAAGUUCUUGGAGGAGGAGAUCCAGAAGGUUGAGGCGGAGCUUCAGGCAGCCGAAGAGGAGCGAUCCAGCCUCCAGUCCAGCGUCGACCAACAAGGGAUUACUAUUCAGGAUAUCGAUCGCAUGAAUACCGAGCGGGAUCGAUUGCAGAAAAGUCUCGAAGAUACUACUGCCCGGCUAGAAGAGACGCAUGCAAGGGUCAUGGAAAAGGAAGCGGAGGCUAGUAGGAAACUCGAGGAUCUGGAGGAAAUCGUUAAAGUCUACAACACACUCGGCUAUCAGACUAGCCUGAUUCCUUCCACUGCCGUCAAUGCGAAGGGUCAGGAUUACGAACUGAGCCUGAAUAUCAACGACAAUAGCUUCUCCGCGUCGCAGAUUGGCGGUCUACCGAACAGGAUUUCUUCCGAGGCAGAUCGACUGCUAGCUGAGCCUUUUACCGGCUAUCAUCCAGCGCAUCUACUCAACUUGGAUCUUCGGGGUAUGGUGCGCAGUAGCUUGCAGGCUCUUCGGAAGGAGAUCAAUGAGCGCCGGAAACGGGCGAUUGAUGAUGACUUGGAACGUCGCAAUUUGCUAGACAACAUCAAGGAAGCCAUGGAUGAGAAGCGGAGCGAGGUCGAAGCUCUGGAGCAUAAGCGGCGGGCUGCGGAGGAGGAGUUUGAGCGAUUGAAGGAGAUCACUACCACUCAGAAGCUUGCAUCAGACGCCCAAAUUGAGAAAAUGGAAAAGGAAUUGGCCAAGAUGCGAGCAACUUUGAGCGAAAGUGUGCAGUUGAUGGAACAGCGGGAAAUGAACACCAACAUCGAGUACGAACAGCUCACACUUCGGGCUAAUGCGUUACGAGAGGAACUUCAUACCAAUGUGGAAAGCAUGCUGAACGACGUGAUUCGAUUCAAGGUGCAUAUUCAGAAAGGUCUAGAAGACUACGAAAGCUUCGUCGUCGAUGAGGUGGAGCAGGAGCUUGGAGGCGACUUGCCUGCGACAAAGGAUGUCACCAGUCAGACUUGA